UCUGCCAGGAGCUAAUAUGGUUCCAGUAGUUACACUGUCCUCUCUCUUCGUCUAAUCCGCGACCUUACUAUCUAGCCCAAGCUGUUGAGAGGUUAAAUCACCUUCACCUCUCUGAUGACUGCAAUUAUAUGAGCAAUUACUGCUGGGCGACUACCUCUCGGAGUUAGUCUGUAACCAGGGAAGCACCACUUCCGCUGACGUCAUCACGGCGACACGUGGAUCCAAGAUGGCGGCAGCGAUGAUUUGGCUGCCAUGGUCUCUACUACUUCUUUCUCUCAUGUGUCAAACAAGCGCCUUCUAUGUCCCAGGGGUUGCUCCAAUCAACUUCCACCAGAACGACCCUGUAGAAAUCAAGGCUGUGAAACUCACCAGUUCUCGAACCCAAUUACCUUACGAAUACUACUCAUUGCCUUUCUGCCAGCCCAGCAAAAUAACCUACAAGGCAGAAAAUCUGGGAGAGGUGCUGAGAGGGGACCGGAUUGUCAACACCCCUUUCCAGGUUCUCAUGAAUAGUGAGAAGAAGUGUGAAGUUCUAUGCAGCCAGUCCAGCAAGCCAGUGACCCUGACAGUGGAACAGAGUAGGCUUGUGGCCGAGCGCAUCACAGAAGACUACUAUGUCCACCUCAUUGCUGACAAUCUGCCUGUGGCCACUCGGCUAGAGCUGUACUCCAACCGUGACAGUGACGACAAGAAGAAGGAAAAAGAUGUGCAGUUUGAACAUGGCUACCGGCUUGGCUUCACAGAUGUCAACAAGAUUUACUUGCACAAUCACCUCUCAUUUAUCCUUUACUACCACCGGGAAGACAUGGAAGAGGACCAGGAACAUACAUACCGUGUGGUCCGCUUCGAGGUGAUUCCCCAGAGCAUCAAGCUGGAGGACCUUAAAGCAGAUGAGAAGAGUUCAUGUACCCUGCCUGAGGGUACCAACUCCUCACCCCAAGAAAUUGACCCUACCAAGGAGAAUCAGCUGUACUUCACCUACUCUGUGCACUGGGAGGAAAGUGACAUCAAAUGGGCCUCCCGCUGGGACACUUACCUGACCAUGAGUGAUGUGCAGAUCCACUGGUUUUCUAUCAUUAACUCCGUCGUGGUGGUGUUCUUUCUGUCAGGCAUCCUGAGCAUGAUUAUCAUUCGGACCCUUCGAAAGGACAUUGCCAACUAUAACAAGGAGGAUGACAUUGAAGACACUAUGGAGGAAUCUGGGUGGAAGCUGGUGCACGGUGAUGUCUUCAGGCCACCCCAGUACCCAAUGAUCCUCAGCUCCCUGCUGGGCUCAGGCAUUCAGCUCUUCUGUAUGAUACUCAUCGUCAUCUUUGUGGCCAUGCUUGGGAUGCUGUCGCCCUCCAGUCGGGGAGCUCUCAUGACCACAGCCUGCUUUCUCUUCAUGUUCAUGGGGGUAUUUGGUGGAUUUUCUGCUGGCCGACUGUACCGCACUCUUAAAGGCCAUCGAUGGAAGAAAGGAGCCUUCUGUACAGCAACACUAUACCCUGGUGUGGUUUUUGGCAUCUGCUUCAUACUGAAUUGCUUUAUCUGGGGAAAGCACUCGUCUGGAGCGGUGCCUUUUCCUACCAUGGUUGCUCUGCUCUGCAUGUGGUUUGGGAUCUCCCUGCCCCUUGUCUACUUGGGCUACUACUUCGGCUUCCGCAAGCAGCCAUACGACAACCCCGUUCGUACCAACCAGAUUCCCCGGCAGAUCCCUGAACAACGGUGGUACAUGAACCGAUUUGUGGGCAUUCUUAUGGCUGGGAUCCUGCCCUUCGGCGCCAUGUUCAUCGAGCUGUUCUUCAUCUUCAGUGCAAUCUGGGAGAAUCAGUUCUAUUACCUCUUUGGCUUCCUGUUCCUUGUUUUCAUCAUCCUGGUGGUGUCCUGUUCACAAAUCAGCAUUGUCAUGGUGUACUUCCAGCUGUGUGCAGAGGAUUACCGCUGGUGGUGGAGGAAUUUUCUGGUUUCUGGGGGAUCUGCAUUCUACGUCCUGGUCUAUGCCAUCUUUUAUUUUGUUAACAAGCUGGACAUCGUCGAGUUCAUCCCUUCACUCCUGUACUUUGGCUACACAGCCCUCAUGGUCCUAUCCUUCUGGCUGCUCACGGGCACCAUUGGCUUCUAUGCAGCCUACAUGUUUGUCCGCAAAAUCUAUGCUGCUGUGAAGAUAGACUGAUUGAGGUGGACCGUGGCCAGGCCCACUCCGUCUUUGGACAGGAAGCCUCCCUGCGUGGGGAACUGCAGGCACACAAAAUAAAAUAACUCCUGCUCAUAUGGAAUAUAACUCCUGGCACAGUGUUCCUGGAUCCCAGGGCUGCGUGGGGGGCGGGAAGGCCUGUAAAAAUCUUGCAUUUUUUUCAUCUUAUACCAGUUUUGUGGGGGCCGAAUUUUUUAUGGUUUUUUUUCUUCAGGGCUAAGAAAGUUCCCUUUAGCAGGAACUCUAACCUGUGUUCAGGUUUAUUUUGGUUUGGGUUUUUUUUCCCUUAGUUCUUAAACAAAUGGAUCCAGAAUGGAUAACUCCACCAAGAUACUGGGUUUGGUCACCAUCUCCACCUCAGUUCCUCAGGGCUGUUGGCCACCCUGCAACUAACCAGAAGAGGAGAUGCUGGCACCCCAGGGAUGGUUCUGAGCCUUGCCACGGAUACCAUGACACUGCUAUUCUAGCCUGGACAGCCCUCUCAGUGCCAAGCAGCCUCUACCCCCACACACACCUACUUCUCUCUUGCUCAGCUUUCUCCUGGGCCACCGAGGUAGAGCUUCCAGCCAGCCCUGUGAGCCAUCUUUUCACCAGGAGCAAGGUGGCUACAAGGAAAGUCCCUGGAAGCACUGGGGCGGGUUCUCUAGGACAGCAGGAACCCCUCAUCAGAGCAGCCAGAGUCUGCUGACCACCACAGAGGAAAAGGAGAGACUUGCAAUGAACUGUUCUUGUGCCAAGAAAUCCUGGACCUGGAGCCGUGAAAUUAUAGAGCCAAGCAUUUACCUGUCUAUGUCUGGGAAGGGAUGGCUAGGCCACUAGGGUCCUUGCUCCUCAGGACUGCUCCCGAGUUCUUUCUUCAGAGGCUGCCCAUCUUUCCAAAAAGCUGGUGGUAAACCUACUUCACUUCCAGGGCAGAACAAGGAGGCCUAGAGACCUAACAUCCACUACUUGAGGUGGCCAGCCAGAGCCAUUCUCUUCCCUGAUGUCCCUUGGCCUCUUGUGUUUCUGCUCAUUUUUCUUUUAGCCAGACUCAUGCCCCCACCUCCCAUCUGAGUGUUUUUGGGACACCCAGAGAACUACUGCGAAAAGUUUUGUCAUUCCUUCCCCAUUUCCCAGGAAGAGGCAAGAAGUCCAGUGUCCCCAAGCUGGAGGGAGGAGACUUAUGUGGCAGCCUCACUCUUCUGCAAAGCCCUGCUUCCCAGCCACAGGCAACCAGUGUAAGUCACAGAUACUGGCUCUCAAAUUACAAGACUUCACCUGGGAUUAGGGUUUAAAUAAUAGGCUCUUGUCCCUGCUCUGACCCACCAUGAGAUGAAUCUCAGGAUACUGGUUAUGCUAGGAAUGCCCACACACCCUACUGCCCCAGCUCCAGGGCCCCUGCCAGUUCUGUCAGUCAAAUUGGAGAGCUUCUGACUCUUGCCUCAUAGUGACUCCGCAGUGCCAUGCAGCGUCUACCAAGAAUCAGGUUGGAGAAGAAGAAACCGAAGCAGUAGAGAAGUAUUCUCAAAAGACUCAUCAGAGUCUUGUUCAUUCAAAUCUUCGAUUUUUUUUUUCCCAUAAGAGAUUCUUUUGGGGGGGGGGGGAGUGGGGAAAUGGACUCCACAAAGUCUUCAAACAUUGUCAAUUUUUCUGACUUUUUAAAUCAUUGUCAUUUUUAAUUUAAAAAAUGCCUGUUUGCCUUUUUUGGUCCUGUUGUAAAUAAAAAUGCCAUUGUGCUGUUA